CGGUGCAUUAAAAUUUUUUACCUUCGAAUCUAGCAAGAUAGAGAAGAUCGUAUGUUCUCUGUUGUAUUGGCUGUGAUUUCGAGUCUUUCGGCGUUGUGACAGUGGGUUUUAGUUAUGGAAGAGCCUGAGCUUUUGGAAGAAAGACAGGACAACAAUCGUCCUCGUUCGAAUACUUGGCCACUUCCAGAACCUUCAGAUUUCAGACCUCCAAAGUCCGAAUCUAACGAACCAGAGCAGGCCUUGAAACAACUCAACGAGGGCCCGAAGAAAAGCUCUCGGAAAAAUGCAUGGGGAAAUUUUUCUUAUGCCGAUCUCAUAACACAGGCAAUCCAGAGUUCUCCUGAAAAGCGACUAACACUGUCUCAAAUUUACGAUUGGAUGGUGAACACAGUACCAUAUUUUCGCGACAAGGGCGACAGCAAUAGUUCCGCAGGAUGGAAGAAUUCGAUUCGGCAUAACUUGUCGCUGCACAGUAAGUUUGUUCGAGUUCAAAACGAAGGCAAUGGAAAGAGUUCGUGGUGGGUAAUAAACCCUGACGCAAAAGGGGCCAAAACGAGCCGUCGGCGUGCAAACUCGCUGGAAUCAGGACAAAAAACUACUGAGAAAAAACGAGGAAGAAAGAAGGAUAAAAUUCGAGAAGAAAACGACCGGCCAGGCAGUCCUCGGUUGACUGUCGUUAGAGCUCGAGAUAUCAAUCGCUCGAACUCCCCGGGAAAUACCUCGCCGACCAGUUCUAGUUCAGACUCAUUGCUGACGGUUCCAGAACUAGUCGAAUACGAGCAAAACUCUCCUUUGCCUUACCCUUUGAACGACAGCUUUGGACGUCCUAGAACCUCGUCGAAUGCAUCGAACGUGAGUAGUAUCGGACGAUUGUCGCCAAUACCUUCACAGGAUGACGACGAAGGCGAAAUUCAGGAGUCCGUCUCGCCAAUGCACCAUAACAUGGUGAGCACUCCAAAUCCCGCUGCUGAAGAGCUGACCAAUAUGAUGGAAGAAACUAUGAACUUAGAGUCGUACCACCUCGAUAAUCGUAGUAGGAUUAGACCGAGGGAAAAUGUGUCGCCCGUAUCAAAUCUUCUUUCUCGCAACGAACAAACUCAUGCAAAGACGAUGAACCUAACAUCGAUGAACCUUACAAAUGGCUAUGAUGGUAGAUUUAUUCAAAACCAGCACAGGGCUCCUGUUAUAUCUAUACAAAGCCAACCAAACUUCAAUGGUUUAGGCAUGACAAGACGACAACAAUAUCCGAACGGGUACGGACAACAAGACUUGAUGUCGUAUGUCCGGGACACGGACAUGGAGGUCCAUACCUUUCAACCCAAUUAUCAAAAUACUUGUACAACGAGUUGUACAAUGAACCAAAAUGAUGUGUCCACACCAAUGGAUAGCUACGAUCUGUAUUUACAGUCGCUAGUGGGGAAUACGAGCGUGCAAACUAACAGUACUUUCUCUCCGAUUUCACAAAAUGGUAUUCAUGGACAGUUACAAGGAAAUCAACAUCAACGCAAUAUUAGCUGCAACAGCAAUCUACAGUCUAUUCGCGAGAAAUUUCCGAGUGAUCUUGAACUCGAUGCUUUUAAGGAGGGUUUAGAGUGUGACAUGGACACAAUAAUUACUAACGAGUUGACGAUUGGAGAUGGCUUUGAUUUCGAUUUCGAACAAUUUGCUCCUUCCCAAAUGAUGAAUACUCCAGUAACUGUGGGAGAGCUAAGUGGCAGAUUGUUCUGAAACAGUACUAAGCUGAUGCAAUUUCGUUUUCGUAUCAAAAUAAAAACUAUAUUGCCUGAUAUUAUAUCGAAAGUUUAUCUUCUCCAACCUUUGAGGAUUGGAAAAGAUAUCUUGGACUACAAGGCUCUGAUAUUGUGGUCAGUGUGUGUGUGUGUGUGUGUGUAAGGUGAUACGUGAUUAUAGCUCCAUGAAGGCAGUGUUUUGGGUCAUGUCUAAAACUAUAGAAGAUACCUAAUCCUUCAAGGAGUACAAAUUCAAUCUGAUCAAGGAAGUAAGGUGGUAUGAGAUUAUAAGUAUUAGGUAGAUAAAGAUAAGUUACUCUGUAUUGGGGGUGUUUUAAUUGGUCAAGAUGCCUGAAUUCAACACCUAAAAAUAUAUAUAUCUCCUUGACAUAAAAAAAAUACUAGUCGUGGUUGCCUUUUAACUUCAAAAGUUGGGCAAACCAGGAUAAUAAAUCAGUACCUCACRGACAAACAUCUAACAAGAACUUGURKUGUGCAUAAAAGUACAAGAAAUAUACCUCUUUGAUAUGACAAAACUCUAGUGAGUCUUGCUAGUGUAUGCCUUUUAACCUAGACUAUAAAAUAAGAAUUCAAGUACAUAUCUAUCUAUCAGUCACUAGAUGAAUUUACCAAUUUGGUUCAAAGCRAUGUAUGAAAAUCAAGUGUGACUUCUGUCGUUUCUGUUUUAUCAAUAUAUCAUGUCGACAUGCAUUUUUACAUCUUUUUGUAAUUUAAGACCUUGAAGUAAUAUUUUUGGACAUAACAUUUCUUAAAAUGUGCAUACCGUUGAUUUUGCCUAAUGURAGCAAUAUGAUAAACUUUUACAUAUAAAUAUUAUAUAAUAUCAUAAUUAUGUCAUUUCUUUUAUGCAGUAUACAAAAUAGUUGUGUUUUUAUUUCAAUGCUUGGAUCUCACAAGACAAGCAAAUGGUAGAACAUGAUUCUUUUCAAUGUAAUCAGCUUUAUGUAAAAAUAGUAGUUUUUUUGAUGGAAAAUAUUUAUCUAUGCAACCACACACAUUAAAUUAUUUCAGAAUAAUAUCCAAAUGACUCCAAUUUUAGAAAUUUCUGUACUCAAUAGUGUAUUUGUAAUUCCAAUUUGAAUAGUUCUUUAGAAACUGAAUCAAAAAGUUUUUUGGUUGAAUUAUGUGUUUGAGUGAUGUGGGUCAAGUUCACUUCCCAUGUGCUGAUUUGCUUGAGUGGCCCCUCCAUGCAAAUUGCUGGAGCUCUGUAGUAUUACUCUCUUUGUACUAAUAUUCAGUACCCGCAGUCAUUUGACAGCUCCGAUUAUUCCAUUCAAAAUCAAACUUGGUUUCUUUGUUUGGAUAGCAUAACCCUUUGUUAUCCAAGAAAGCAUUGGAAUCCCCUAGGAUGAAGAAGACUCACUCAGCUGUCACUAAACACAAAACUUGUUCAAAAAUAAAAGAAAGUUAAGGAAAAAACAAUGUAUAUGUAAAGAAAUCAGCACAUGUAUAUCGAUACAAGUCUGAUUCCAUCACAUUGAAUUAUAUUAAUGUUUUGAAA